CAGCUCUGUACACCACCACACCGGUAGUGUGGCUCGAAUUCAGUGAGAAAUUGAACUGCGUGUUUGAGAGCUCAGGGAAACGUGUUUCUGUUCCGCAUAUCAAGAACAAUCAGCAUCAUCCACCUCAGAUUUGUAUGGGGAUAAAACGGCAAGUGCAGGCAGAAUCCAGGUCAGUUCGGACAAGUUGGGCUCUGCAUUCUCCUGUAUUUACUGAGUGACUGCAGAACUGGGAGGGAAGGGAAUGGAACGGAACGGCCUUGCAAUGUGGAGUGACAGCCAAUAUGAUGUCUAGUGAAUCUGUAACCCCAGUUAAGCAACAAAGAGUGCACCAUGUAAACACAUCAUGAGCUGAAUUAUUUAGCUUACCACCGAAAGCACAUUCAUCAUGACAAUUCAACAUCACAAUAUAUUUAGGCUAGCGAUUAUAGCUAGCAGUUACAUUGAAGUGAGUUUUUUCUUCGUGCAUAGAGCAUGUACCCAUGCGCCGGAUGCCAGGCAUGAAAGGAAUUCUGUUUGUUUUCUAUCCGGUAAAUAAUCAACCAAAUUAUUUUAAACGAGUGUUAUUUACAUUGUGAUUAGAAUAUUUACGUGAUCUGAUUGUGCUCCAUAAACUGAUCAAGUCAUAGCUUAGGUCAGACCUAUCACACCCAUGCGCACACUGGCGAACUCGUCUCGCCCUCCUUUCAGUUCAUAAACAAAAGUGAUCUCAGUUGCGCGCCAUUUGCGUCACUAGCUAUCACGCCGUCGUUGUUACAAGCUCACGGAAGCACGGCGAUACAUUUAUUGCAUUACCAUGUAUAUCCGGUACUCGUAUCAAUCUAUUUCUGCGAUUUUCGUGUCAUGGAAGCUAGUUUUAUGAUCGGUUGCAUAAUAGACACUACAGCGUUAAGGCAAUUCCUUCCUUUCGCCAUUGUUUCCUAUCAGGGGUGGGCCAAGUGGAGUUACCCCUUGCGAUAAAACACGUGGUUGUCCGGCGUUUUUUCCUUUCAAGGGACAGCGAACUGUACAAAAAAUCAACUGAAGGUGAAGGGAAGCAGCAUGAACAAAACGCCCCCCAACAGACGCGGCAUCACCUUUGAGGUGGGAGCGCAACUGGAGGCUAGAGACAGCCUGAAGAACUGGUAUGCCGCCAGCAUCGAGAAGAUCGACUUCGAUGACGAGAAGGUCCUGAUUCACUACCGGCAGUGGAGCCACCGCUACGACGAGUGGUUUGACUGGGCCAGUCCGUACCUGCGGCCGGUGGAGCGCAUCCAGCUGAGGCGGGAGGGACUGCAGGACGAAGGCCCCACCCCUGUGAGAGCCAAACCCAAUCAGCUUCCCUCUACUCAUUCCGUAGGUCUAGAGGGCUUUCGCGUGAAUGACAAAGUGUUGGCCAGCUGGUCAGACUGUCGCUUCUACCCUGCAACUGUCUUGGCUGUCAACAAGGAUGCAUCCUACACCGUAAAAUUUUACGACAACGUUGUACAGACAGUGAAGGGAAUCCAUGUCAAACCCUAUACAAGAUCAGGUAGAUACAAGGGCAAGCCACGGGUGAUGGACAGAACCCGAGAGCGGUCAUCGGACAGGAAGAACCAGAGCGGGAGGGAGAGGAAGCCACCGGAGAACAGAGCCCUGAAGGGGAAGAGGAGCAGGCCCAGCUCAUCUGACCAGGACGGAGAGAGCAACACGGACGAGGAGGAGGAGGAGGAAGAUGAGGACGAAGGUCACUGGCACCGGGAGGAACAGGAGUGCGCCGGAGUAGAACUCCUGCCCGUUAGCCUGAUGGACGAGGAGAGGAAGCCCGAGAUGGAGGAAGAGGAAGAGGAUACUCGCUUAGCUAUCGGGAACGAGGGGAUGAAAACUAAUGGGGAGACUGACCAGAAGGGGUCAGCGGAGAGUAAUGGCGUAGCAGAGGCGUCCAGUCAUCAUGGAGGGGGCGGCGGGAAUGGAGGGCGGGAGUCGAAGGAAGAGGGUCACGCAGAGGAGACGAGAGAACCAGGGACACCAGAUUCCGGCUCAGGAAAGGAGGACGGCAAUGGAUCAGGUGUCAGGAAGAGGAGAGUGUCCGUGGAGCAAGCGUGCCCCUCGAAGAAGAGCAAAGCUGACAACCUCUCAGAACAUGGCCUGCACAAUGGAACUACUCCCCACACUGAGGCAUCCAAUCAAAACCUGCCAACUGCACAAGUGUCUGCGCCGACUGAAGCGACUCCAGCUCAGCCGUCCAAUAACGCAGAGGCCCAGAAGGCCGAGGGCCAAUCUGUGGUGCCCGCACCGCCUAUUAAACCUGUAAGGAAGCAGGGCUUCCACAACCCCAACAGAUUCAGCAGAGAGCCAUUGUACAGAGUGGUGAAGAACCAGCCGCCCCCUGUCCUCUCCAUCAACCUGGACCACAACGCCUUCAAGUGCAGCGUGCCGGGCUGCACCAAGUCCUUCCGCAAGGCCAAGCUGCUGCACUACCACAUGAAGUACUACCACGGCGAGGAGAAGCCCCUGGAGGGCGAGCUCAGCCCCAGCACGGGUGGCCCCAAGCAGGCCGGGGAGAAGCAGGCGGCCCCCGUCCCGAGGGACAGCCCCAAGCGGAGACGCACCAUCUCUGCCUCAAUGCAUUCUUCUCAGCAUAGUCCUAGUCGGACCCCCACGUCCCCUAGAUCCGAUGCCAAGGCUGGGGUGCUGUUUGGGGAGAAAAGGCGCACAUCAGCGCCCCCUAUAGUCGACAUUCAGCUUCAGCUCCAGCAGCAGCAUCAGUAUCAUCAACAGAGGCCCUCACUGAAGGAGAAGAGCAAGGAGAACCUGCUGGAGAGGAAUAUCCACGCAAACAUGGAUCGAGACCGGGACAGGAGCCCUAUAGACAUAGUAUGCCUCAAAGAACGAGAGAAGCCGAAAGACAAGAAACCAAAGGAUUUCCUCCGAAUUAAACUGAAGAAGAAGAAAAAGAAGAAGAGAUCUAAGUCUGAUUUCAGAGGUAGUGAGGAGAACAUUGACAUCUCAGUGUUCCAGCAGCACUCCUCCUCCAAAUUGGGCUUGUCCCAUAAAUUCCCCCCCGCAUUCAGUCACAAGCCCGAGGCGUACCCCAGCAGGCCCGGACACUUCCACACACAGCCAAGUCGUGUAGAUGAUGAGGACUAUGCGACGGAUUGGUCCACAGACAGCUGUGGGUGGAGCGAGGAGGAGGCGGAUUGCGGCGCCACAGACCCUUUCCUGAGCGACGACUCCGCGGCCACGGGAACGCGAGGCUCGGAGAUCGUGCGCUGCGUGUGCGAGGCGGAGGAGGACAACGACUUCAUGAUCCAGUGUGAGGAGUGUCUGUGCUGGCAACACGGCACCUGCAUGGGCCUCCUGGAAGACAACGUCCCCGACAAGUACACCUGCUACAUCUGCAGAGACCCACCAGGCCAGAGACAGAGCCUGCGGUACUGGUACGACCGGGAGUGGCUGAGCAGUGGACACAUGUACGGCCUGUCUUUCCUGAAGGAGAACUACUCGCAUCAGAACGCCCGCAAGAUCACCACCACGCACCAGCUCCUCGGAGACGUGCAGCAGGUCCUGGAGGUGCUCAAUGGCCUGCAGCUCAAGAUCAGCGUCCUGCAGAGUCAGACCCACCCAGACCUCCGCCUGUGGUGCCAGCCGUGGCGGCCGGCGGGCAAGGCCAUCAAGAAGGAGGAGGACCUGGACAUGACGACGUACGGCGGCCACGGGAGCGAGGUCCAGCGCCGGGCGCAGUCCACCUCGUCGUCGUCCAUGUCCUCGUCGGUGUCCUCGUCGUGCUCGUCGCCGCUCAGCUCGCGGUUUCAGGACGCCUUCAUCUCGUACAUCAGCAGCGAGCACUGCUACCAGAAGCCGCGGGCGCUGGUGGUGGAGAAGAGGGGCGGCUCCUACAUGGACGCAGAUCUGCACGCCUACGACACGCAGAGGCCCCACGGCAGACAGCGCUCAGACCAGGAGUCUGACUGUGGGCUGUGGGGCCCUGAGGUGAAGGUGAAGCAGGAGGAAGAGGAUGAGUAUCUCAGCAGCCAUAACCCCACGACCCCCAUCCCCACCAAUACCAGCAGCAGCAGCGCCCAGCAGCAGCAGUGGCAGGCCAACCUGCUGGACCACAUCGAGUCCGUGCAGGACGAGGUGUGCCACCGCAUGGACUUCAUCGAGAGGGAGCUGGACAUGCUGGAGAGCUGUCUGGACUACACAGGCGAGCUGGAGCCGCCGGAGCCUUUGACGCGCCUUCCCCAGCUCAAGCACCGCAUCAAAGAGCUGCUCUCAGAGCUCGGCAAGGUGCAGCAGAUUGCCCUCUCCUGCACCACCUGAGGGCGCCAGAGAGCAGCACGGCCCAGCAGCCUGCCAGCGUGCACCACCAAAGAAUGAAAACCAGGAAGAACUGACAUUUGAAAAAGGGAAAAGUGAUAUAUCAUUUCAUUUAAGACGUAUAAUGCGCCCAUACUACAAUCUCAUCUCUACCGCUCCUUUAUUCUAUGAAGUGCUGAUUCUAAAACAGCAUGGACUGGUGAAAGGCAUAUUAAAGUCUGCUCCAGUGUUUGUAGAGGAGGGCUCAAGGCAGUGGUGAUUGUCGGGUAUCUCUGAUGUGCUGUAACGAUGAGAAUCUACCUGAAUGUUUGUGCUACCAACUACAACAUUUCCGUUCUCCUCUGUCCUUUUUUCAAAGACUGUUCAGAACUGCAUCUAUUGUGAUGAAGGAUUAAUUUAGCAGUGCUGGCUGUCAUGCUUCCCUUAAUCUCCUCUCCCCAAAAAAUAUUUGAGCACUUUGUCUCUGAUCAAUUGCACACUGUAGACUGUUUGUAGAUGAUUGACCUGAGCGUAGUCUGAAUUUUUGGGUUGUUCUGAUUGAGCACGGGCCAUCUUCAAAUAUGUUAUACUGAAAAGGCAUCACAGAACUUCAGUCCCACUUGCAUCAAUAAUUUAUUGUAUUUAAUCACAUUUUUGUGUGAUUAUUUUUUAAAUGUCCAGCUCUUCAUGUUAACGCGGAAGCAUUUAGAGUGGUGUACUCUGCCCUUUUGAGACUGUGAAGGUAUUCUCUGUAGAGCUUGUUUCCUUGAGCGAAUCCUCCGUUUCCGUUUUCAUCUCAUACAAAAACAGUGUUGGAAGCACUCAACAGUUGGUGGUAUUUUUUUGUUCGUUUGUUUCUUGUAUCUGUUGUCCAUUUCCAGUUCUUUUUCCUUUGUAAAUAAUUUUGAAAAAAAAAUUGUCUUUGUUCACUUUAUUUAUUGCUUUAGCAAUGCAAAAUGGAUUGAGUCAUUGAUGUGCAGAAUACCUUACUUGUUCACAACACCGGUAUAUGUGAAGAUGAGCCUAUGCUAUGGUCCACAUGAAAUCAACUGCUUUGUCACUGAAAACUGAAAGUAGAGUUCUAAUUCUGUCAGUACCUCCUUAAAGGGCAUUUCAGGUGCUUUUGUUGACUUGUUUAGUACCUUUAUUUUCUGUAAGGAAUCCAUCUUAAACAGACCUAUUCCCUUCUAUUCCUAUGUGUGAAACAAGUGAAUUUAAAUCUGUGAUUCUGCAGAUCUUCUGUCUGUACAGUCUCUUACCAGUAAAGAGAAUGCAGGUUCCAUGUCAUACAAUUGGUUGGAUAAAAAAUGUUUAUUUUGCAGUUCUUGUUGGGCAAACUACAGUGGCACUUGUCAAUAAAUUCAAACCUCUCCUCUG